AUGUUCGGUAUCAUAAGAAGACACAUCAGUAUUGGCCGCAGUGGGUUUUUUGCCAGAGACCACCGGCUGCUGCUUGUGCCAUUGAGUGAGCAAGACGUAUUUUUCCACUACGAGUAUCCCCAUCGACUAGUGAAUAUGGACCGCCGAGUGGUGAAACUCGACCGGUGGAUGACUAGGAAAGCGCAUGGUGUCUGGGACAGGUUCGGCAAGAGCGAGAACAGGGUGAACAGGUACCUGUAUGGGCAGGUCAGUAAGUUUGUGGAGAACGUGCCUUGGGAGGAAGAGAGCCUGCGCCGGUUCCCGAUCGAGACACAUCUGCACGGCGUGGAGACGGUUGCCAUGUAUGGGCCUUAUCAAGUCGGCGACGAGAUGCAAGAGGUGACCGCCACGCUCAACAAGAAACUGGCGGUGCUGGAGCCGCAGUACAAGCGACAGAUAGCACUCUGCGUGGCGGCAAUGCCCUUGACCAUACCCAUCAUGCUGAUCCCGUUGGUGCCGAACAUCCCUUCUUUUAUUCUGUGCUACCGUGUGUACUGCCACUACCGCUCGCUGCAUGGCCUGAAGAUGUUCAAGAGCAUCCUGAAUGACAAGGCCAGGCAUACCUACAUGCAGCUGACAGAUUUCCCUGCGAUGCCCUGCCGUGGUGCUGGCCGUGGUGCUGAUGGCAUGCGACGCUACAGCAAGCGUGUUGCCGAGUACGCCGGCCUGCCGUCGCUAGCGACCGCGCUGCUGAAGGCGGACCAACAGCGUCACGUGACUGACACGUGA